GUGAGACUCCCAGAUGACCGCAUUUCCCGAGAUACAGGCAACAUGAAUGUAGGGCCCAUGAUCAUUCAAGGGUUUUACUGGUCGAGUGUUGUUAACCAGUCACAAAAGACUACAAAUAUACUUUGAUAUCGUUGUGAUUAGGAUAUUAUUUAUAACGUCGUUUGUCCCGUUGCACCGUUUUCAUUCAAGUCAGUCGCCAGCGCCAGCUGAUACCAGGAACCAUGGAUGAGGAAGAAAAGUCUAACAAAAAGUGGGAUUCCGAUCCAAAGAUCAUAAUCAUUGGAAGUGGCAUAUCAGGAAUAGCAGCCGGAGAGUACCUAUCAAGAAAGGGUUUCAAAAAUUUCAAAAUUCUCGAAGCGUCUAGUCGCACGGGAGGAAGAAUUUGGAGUGUGAAUGUUGGUGAGGAUGGACACAAAGCAGAACUUGGUGCCAACUGGAUCCAUGGUAUUGAACGGAACCCCAUCUAUCAGAUAGCAGACCAGAACCAUCUCCUCCAGCUCCGCAACAAGGACAAGAGCCUGCGUCGUAGAGACCUGUUCUACAGCGAGGGUGGGGAAAUGAUCAAUGAGAAGAUGGUCAAGGAAGUGGACUUCACCUACGGAAUGCUCAUCCAGCAGUGUGAAGACUACUUCCAGUCAAACAUGCCCACCCCGGAGGAGAAUGACAGUGUGGGUGCAUUCCUGGAUCGUGAGUUUCAAGAAAAGCUCAACAAAUACUCCAAUGGAGACAGACUUGUGCGGGAAUCAAUAUUCAACCAGAGGACUUUAUUGGAGUGCUGCAUAAGUGGGUGUGACCGCUUAGAGGAAGUAUCGCUGGGAGAUUUUGGGUGUUACGAAGAACUCCCCGGCAUCCAUUACACUAUUCCUCCUGGAUUUGAAACUGUGCUUGAAAUCCUCAAGAAAAAUAUCCCCAAAGAGAACAUUCUCCUCAACACCCCUGUAAAGACUGUGCAUUGGGACAUACAGGAUAAAUCACGCGGGGAGGUGUGUGUCGAGUGUGAAAAUGGUGAAAAGUUCUAUGCAAAUCAUGUUAUUUCCACUGUGUCGCUAGGUGUUCUAAAAGCAGCAUGUGAUAGGAUGUUCAACCCUUCGUUGACGGAGGAAAAGCUGCAUGCUAUUGACAAUCUAGGCUUUGGAAUAGUGGACAAGGUGAUUCUGGAGUUUGAUAAACCCAUUGUGGAUGACGAUGUCUUUAGGAUAGAGCUUCUCUGGGAUAAGUUAAGAGACCCAAUGCGAGAUUUACGGAAAACAUGGUACCGCAAAAUAUAUUCCUUUGAGGUGGUUCAUGAAAACAUUCUUGUGGAAAAUGACAGCGAAUUAGGACCAAUAGAGACAAAGAGAUUCUUUAUCAUGGGCUGGCUCUCCGGGAAGGAGGCACUCUUCAUGGAAUCCCUUACCGAGGAGGAGAUCGGGGAAGACUGUGUCAGUGUCCUGAAAAAGUUCCUCAAGAAAGAUGACAUUCCACCACCCAAGCGAGUACUCAGAACGAGGUGGGGCAACAAUCCAUUUACUCGUGGCUCCUACAGCUUUGUAGCUGUCGGUUCCUCUCAGAGCGACCUGUAUGCUCUCAUGGAGCCACUACAAGCCCCAGGCAUGGAAAAGCCCCAGGUGAUGUUUGCAGGGGAGGCAACUCACCCCUCAUUCUACUCCACAACACAUGGCGCUCUACUAACCGGAUACCGAGAAGCACAGCGAGUCAUCAAGAUGUACACCCAGUGAACGCCAUCAUCGUCAAGCUUCAUCGUCCGCAAGCAUCCCCGUGAUCGCAACCCCGUGAUGAGGACACGAUCUUUCACUUUUGAUGUCAUGUCAUGUGAUAAUCAUUGAGGCUGGUAUUGAAUGCUUCUAGAUCUCCAUCACCCAUCAGCAUCUAUGUAUUGGCUUCAUCCAACUCAUCUUUGCAGACGCUGGAGUUGAUGAGUUAUAUGAUGACGGCAAUCUGUUCAUGUAUGUGGUUCGACUCCGACAGUCUUAGUUCCCUUAAGUUUCAUGUAUGCUUACCAAUGUUUGAAAUUAGGCAUUGAAAGUCAAGGGAUCCUUGGCAUAACCAUAACGCAAGAAGUUGAAGAUUUAAGGGUCUCUGGGUUCAAAUAUCGUGGAAAGACCUCAAGGAACUCAGGAUCUUCCUUAACUUUGAAUACUGCUUAUUUGAAUUUGCAUUACUCCUGUUGGAUGUGACUCAUAUUAUAUUUUGGGAGCACGGGUUCCCCUUUCUUCUGAGGUGCUUCAAGAGUAGUAUCCUUCAGCACAGAACCUAUGAUCGUGGGUUCGAAUCCCGCUUCACCUAGAUUGUGUUUCUAGGUUUGUAAUCACCAUACCAGUGCUUGGGGUUUCACCAAAUUGGUCAAUGUCUGAGACCUGUACCACUUCGGUCUUUCCUCCCACAUUAAGCUGACAUGCCAUGAUAUAACUGGAAUACUGUUCAAACCCAACUCGCUCACUCACUCUUAGUAUUGACUGCUGUUGUUACUUGUCCAUAUUUGGUCAGACCAGUAUAUGCUUGAGAAGUAAUAGUAAGACUCAAUAUUAUAUAUGAGUGACAGUUUAGAUGACCAGAUAGAAAUAUUGCUACCUCACAGACAAAAAUUUGAACAUCUUGAGUCAAAUAAUUCCAAUCUGAAGUUCUAAACUUAGACCAUAGUUUCUGACAGUGGACCUUCCGUCCUUGCUCAUGUGAAACAUCAUUGAUCAUGUGGUUUCUACAUGUUCAUAAUAUUUCCCCAUUUCCCCCUUGUCCACAAACAAGCCUAUGACUAUUUUUAGUGAGACCAUUUAUAAAGGUCUUACUAAUUAUGUCAUUGGUCUGAGAUCUUUGAUCAGUUGGUGUGGGGAGUGGCACACAGCUGGCCUAGUAGUUUGUGUUGCCACAGUUCACUCAGUGCAUCCCCCAGGGUGCCGGAAACCUUACAUGUGAGUUCAAAUCUUAGAUUCCCCCGGAUUAUUAUUUUUGGUUUGCCAGCACCAAACACAUCCCAUGAUCAUGGG